UCAUUCACUGAUAUGUUGGACUAGUAGGAGCUUAGAACACCCAUAAAGGAUAUUUUAGCUCUUAAAAAGAUAAGAUACGGAGCAAAUAGGAAAAAAACUUUGUUAAAGAAUAAUAUGAUUCAAAAUUCAAGUAUUAGAAGGAUUAGAAGAAGAAGUAACAGCCCACGUAUGGAGCUCCUAUGGUAGAUUGUUACAUUAACGGCCUGCAGUGGUGCCUUCCAGUAUCCACACCCUCCCACAGUGACUCUGGCUUGUGUAUGUGACUUACUUUGGCUAAUGGGACACAAGCAAAUGGAAUGCAAGUCGAGUGUUGAUAAGUGCUUGCACAUUGGCGUUUGCCUUCUUGGAAUGCUGCUGUCACCGUGUGAAGAAUCCUAGUCUCACCUCCUUGAAGAUGAAAGACCGCAUGGAUAGAUGUAGCCUGUUCAAGGCUCAGCAGGCUCAAGUGAGCUCUGCCCUCAGCCAACCUACCAGGUGAAUGCAGCUGCAUGAGUGAGCUCAUGCCAGAUUAUUGAGAACUGGAGACACAGUUGAUAACUUGUUUGUGCAUCUUUACCGUAAUCACACACAUUGUUUACUGGAUAUUGAAGAGAUACUGCAAGUACUCAGUAUGUUAGCCACUGGACGACUUUGAGUCAAUGCCAUAUGGUAGACCUUAGUUUGACUGAUCAAACAAAUAAUAGAAGUCUGUUGAAGCUUUGUCCUGACCUAUUCUGGAAGUAGAAGAAUACCCUGGAGAAAGAAGCAUUGUAAGCACAAAGAAUAAAACUCCUCAAUCCUGGGAGAGAGAAUUAAAGUCUAACCUUCCAAAUGGCUACUCUACUGUGAUGCUGGGAUUGAACUUGCCUAGGACUCCGCAUCAAGGUUGACUUGAAAGUCUUGUGGAAGAUCUGUAAGAAACAGGUAUUAAGUCAUGAUGCAGGAAUCUGCGACAGAGACAAUAAGCAACAGUUCAAUGAAUCAAAAUGGAAUGAGCACUCUAAGCAGCCAAUUAGAUGCUGGCAGCAGAGAUGGAAGAUCAAGUGGUGACACCAGCUCUGAAGUAAGCACAGUAGAACUGCUACAUCUGCAACAACAGCAGGCUCUCCAAGCAGCAAGACAACUUCUCUUACAGCAGCAAACAAGUGGAUUGAAAUCUCCUAAGAGUGGCGAUAAACAGAGACCACUGCAGGAAUUGCUUCCAGAAACAAAAUUAUGUGUCUGUGGCCACUCUUCUGGUGAUGGGCAUCCUCACAACACAUUUGCAGUGCCUGUGUCGGUGGCCAUGAUGACUCCCCAGGUGAUCACCCCUCAGCAAAUGCAGCAGAUCCUUCAGCAGCAGGUCCUGUCUCCUCAGCAGCUCCAAGCCCUUCUCCAGCAGCAGCAGGCAGUCAUGCUGCAGCAGCAACAACUACAAGAGUUUUACAAGAAACAGCAAGAGCAGUUACAUCUUCAGCUUUUGCAGCAGCAGCAACAGCAGCAGCAGCAGCAGCAGCAACAACAGCAGCAGCAGCAGCAACAGCAGCAGCAGCAACAGCAGCAGCAGCAGCAGCAGCAGCAACAACAGCAUCCUGGAAAGCAAGCAAAGGAGCAGCAGCAGCAGCAGUUGGCAGCCCAGCAGCUUGUCUUCCAGCAGCAGCUUCUCCAGAUGCAACAACUCCAGCAGCAGCAGCAUCUGCUCAGCCUUCAGCGUCAGGGACUCAUCUCCAUUCCACCUGGCCAGGCGGCACUUCCUGUCCAAUCACUGCCUCAAGCUGGCUUAAGUCCUGCUGAGAUUCAGCAGUUAUGGAAAGAAGUGACUGGAGUUCACAGUAUGGAAGACAAUGGCAUUAAACAUGGAGGUCUAGACCUCACUACUAACAAUUCCUCCUCGACUACCUCCUCCACCACUUCCAAAGCAUCACCACCAAUAACCCAUCAUUCCAUAGUGAAUGGACAGUCUUCAGUUCUAAAUGCAAGGCGAGACAGCUCGUCACAUGAGGAGACUGGGGCCUCUCACACUCUCUAUGGCCAUGGAGUUUGCAAAUGGCCAGGCUGUGAAAGCAUUUGUGAAGAUUUUGGACAGUUUUUAAAGCACCUUAACAAUGAACAUGCGUUGGACGACCGAAGCACUGCCCAGUGUCGAGUGCAAAUGCAGGUGGUGCAACAAUUAGAAAUACAGCUUUCUAAAGAACGUGAGCGUCUUCAAGCAAUGAUGACCCACUUGCACAUGCGGCCCUCGGAGCCCAAACCAUCUCCCAAACCUCUAAAUCUGGUGUCUAGUGUCACCAUGUCGAAGAACAUGUUGGAGACAUCCCCACAGAGCUUACCUCAAACCCCUACCACACCAACGGCCCCAGUCACCCCGAUUACCCAGGGACCCUCAGUAAUCACCCCAGCCAGUGUGCCCAAUGUGGGAGCCAUACGAAGGCGACAUUCAGACAAAUACAACAUUCCCAUGUCAUCAGAGAUUGCCCCAAACUACGAGUUUUAUAAAAAUGCAGACGUCAGACCUCCAUUUACUUAUGCAACUCUCAUAAGGCAGGCUAUCAUGGAGUCAUCUGACAGGCAGUUAACACUUAAUGAAAUUUACAGCUGGUUUACACGGACGUUUGCUUACUUCAGGCGGAAUGCAGCAACUUGGAAGAAUGCAGUACGUCAUAAUCUCAGCCUGCACAAGUGUUUUGUUCGAGUAGAAAACGUUAAAGGAGCAGUAUGGACUGUGGAUGAAGUAGAGUACCAGAAGCGAAGGUCACAGAAGAUAACAGGAAGCCCAACCUUAGUAAAAAACAUACCUACCAGUUUAGGCUAUGGAGCAGCUCUUAAUGCUAGUUUGCAGGCUGCCUUGGCAGAGAGCAGUUUACCUUUGCUAAGUAACCCCGGACUGAUCAAUAAUGCAUCCAGUGGCCUGCUACAGGCUGUCCACGAAGACCUCAAUGGUUCGCUGGAUCACAUCGACAGCAAUGGGAACAGCAGUCCGGGCUGCUCACCUCAGCCGCACAUACACUCAAUCCAUGUCAAGGAAGAGCCAGUGAUCGCAGAGGAUGAAGACUGCCCCAUGUCCUUAGUGACAACAGCUAAUCACAGUCCAGAAUUGGAAGACGACAGAGAGAUUGAAGAAGAGCCUUUAUCUGAAGAUCUGGAAUGAGAACUGACUUGUGAAACCUCAGCGUGAAGGGACAUAUCACUGACCUUCAUAACCACUCCACAACCAUGAAUAUUUGACAAAUUUUUACUGUGACUAUUUAUUAAGCAUGGAUCAAGGAGACAGCCCUAAAGGAACUUAUUAAGCCAGCCCUUUGGGAUUCAGUACCAACAGGCAAAUUGCUUGUUUUCUUCUCUCUCUCUCUUUUUUUUUUUUAGAAAAAAAGACAAAAACUGAUUUUCUUGGAAAAAAAAAAAAAAAGAACUGUUCUUUCUAUAAUGGCUUUGCCCAUUUAAAAAAUGUGGCUCUUAAGGGUUCAUGAAAUGACUGAAUAUGAGGAUACAUGUCCUGUAGAAAGCAAACGCGCCUCAUAUACUGCCAAAAAUAGUGUUAGUUUCAUUAAUGUGAAUUUCCCAGCAUUCAGUAGUUGUAAUGUUAGAAACAAUUGCUGGUCAAGUUCAACUUGUUGCUAUUGUUUUUAAUUUGCACAGGAGUAGUAUCAGAAAUUAGUGUCACUGCUUGUAUCUAGCUGAAUUUUAAACAACAGAACAUUAGUUUUUUAUGUUGGUGCCACCAACUGUAAAUGACAUAAGUUAGUUAUUACAAAACACAGUAAUUAGACUGUUGCAACCAUCUAAAACCUUAGGCUUCCAGUCUGUGCUGUUAGUGUUAAGAUGUAAAGUGCAAUCCUAAGCUAACAUUAUCUGUGCAAGCACCAUAGAAACAUUUGCAUAUCUGCAUAGAUCUUACAACUGUACUCUUUACCUCCUCGUGAUAAAGCUUUGUCUACCUGCAAACACAGUCAAAGGCUACAGCUGCAAACCAAAGCCAACUCUAACCAUGGCCAAGAGCUCAAGGACAGAAGCAGCCACAUGCUUUGGUCAGCCUUCUGUAACUUCAAUUAGUACAAAGGAACCUUUUCCAUGAACUACCUGCUGUUUUUCUGAUGACCUCUGGGAUCUUUUCAUUUAGCCCUAAACAAAGAAUCAAAUAUGACAAAAACCACAACUAAAAAGCUAAUUCAGUCACAGAGUAAUCUUCUGAGGCCAAAAGUCCAUCUAACACAAUGAAGAUUUGCUUUCAUUAAAGACAGAGGUGAGGACAAAAUCCGCAGUGGAAGUGAUGAUAUGCUAGAAAGCAACAAAUGUGGAUCACUGACCAAAACGAUUAUGUACUUGAUGCAAAUGCAGAUUGCAUAUUGUUAUAUAGAGAGUACAUUGUGUUUUUGUUUUCCCCCAUCCAGUCACUUAUUUUCGGUGGUGAAUACAUGUUGUUAGAAGAUGUCUUGUAUGGUCUUAAUCUUUGUUGUGUACUAUUUUUUAUAGUCUUAAGUUAUAAUGAAAAAACAAAAAGUAGGAACCAAACAUAAAAGGUCUAGUAAAGCCAAAAAUUAAUUUCAUAUUGAUUUUAAAGUGAUCUAGCUGAGUUUUUACACUGAAAGCAAAGAUUAUAGCAAUUGUAGUCCAUGGUAUUUAUUUUCAGUCAAACCAAAGUUACAUAUAAUUCUGCCUCUGCUUAUACGGGAUAUUAACACUAACAAUACACUCCCUUUCAAAGACUUGCACAGGCCAAAUUGUUGGAAUGCUGGUUUUCUUGAGAACUCCAAACCCCAAAACUAUGAUAAUGCGUUAUGGUGUAGUUGAAAAUAGCAUAGUCAGAUGUUUGCUUAAAACCUAGAAACUUUACGUGUUGCUUUUCAUGUGCUGUGCCAAGUCUUGAUAAUACUUUUUCCCCCAACCAAGGGACCUCAUAACCUGAUUAUGGUUAUUGCUUUACAAACAGUUUUGACAGAAGGUGGCUGCUAGAGCUUAACAUACGCUCCGGUUCCAUGUGAUGGGGCCGGUUCUUGCAAACUAAGCUCAUCCUUUAUUCUUUGCUGAAGUCAGCAAAUAGAGUUAGAGAGAUACCCAGUCAUCUAUCACACCAAAUAAAAGGACAGAACGGCUUUCAAAAGGGUUUUCCCACUUACCCAAAAGGCUUUCUGAAAGCUUCUACCUCUGCAAAAAAAAAGAAAAAAAAGAAAAAAAAAAGAAAAAAAUUAGAACCAUUAUGGCAGAUUGCAUGAAACGUGAGAACGUCACAGUAACUGCUACUUUUCAUUAUGUUUGUCUUUGGGUCAUGAUCAACGAACGGGAAGUUGACGAUAUGGUAUCAAAAGAAAGAUUGGUAUUGUGAAGGAUGGUUUUCAGUCAUCUAGGAUCCUACUGUAAGGAUUAUCUGAAGGGAAAAUGGGUCUUUCAGGUGCAUGUUCAAAAGGCUUUGAGGGACUGAAAGUAACUCUGAGAGCUGUACCAUCAGGAGGGUGGCCUAAGACUACAAUGCUAAAGUAUGCUUACCUCAGUUACAAAACUUUUGAAAGGAAGUCUCAGCCACAGAAUGCAUAUACCUGUAGAGUUUUGCAUGGGUUUUAUAUGAAUACAAUUUUAAAAAAUAGCUGCUUGCACAUUAUACCAGAAAAACCUCCAAAACUGCAAUUGCUUUGAAAAUAGAUUUUAGGUUUUUUGGAGUUUUCUGAAAUGCUUGGUCUGUAUUUUGAUAAUUGUGCAUAUUAUGUAAAGAUGUUGGUGGACCCAUAAAUGACCAGACUUUUUCUAAGAAAAAUGUUGCUUUAAUGCAUUUCAUGAAUUUUUACUCUUAUAUCAUUGCUUGCUAGUAAUAGCAAAUCUGCUUUUCUGCAUCUGCUUUGCGUAGCUAUUGUAAGGCUUUGAACUAAUGUAUGUAUUUAUUGCUUGAACUUCUGUGCAUACCUUAUAAAGCAUAAUGUCUGACAAUUUAAAUGGCUCAUGUAUUCUUGCUUCUAUCAUAAGCUGAUUAUGGGGACUAUGAUCUUUUGUAUACAGCAAAUUUUAACUGUAGCACAAACAUCUGUUUAUGUAUUGGUGGAAUAUACCUGUUUUAUUUAUCUUUUUUGAGGUAAACUAAUUUUUGAUACUUUUCAUUACUGUGUACUAUGUUCAUACUUUGAAUUCUCUGACGUUAGAAGUCAUGGUUGAGAAUUGUAACAGCUGUUAUUCGUUCUGUAUUCAUGGCUUUCACUGCUGAAUAAAAUAAAGGACCAAACCUAGGAUUUGAAAGAAAACUGUCUACCUCUAACACCAGGGAGUUAUCAGAUUUCAUUUUGCAUAGUUUCAGUCUACAAAGACACAAUUGCUUAAACCUAGUGGGCUUAAGGCUUAUAUUCUGUGUGGUUGGAUUCAUGGCACAGUUGUACUGUUUGAAAAUCAAUUAAAAUUUCAUGUGAAUGUUACAAGCAUUUGGUAGAAUUACCACUAACUGGGUUUUCUUUAGAUAACUCAGAUAUGGAGAAAAUGUCAUCAGCAUUCUGUGUCUACAGCUGCUUAACUUCAUAAGAAUGCAUUUCUUUGUGAUUAGGGAAUCGAAGAAUAGUCAGCUAGGAAUAGAGCUACAGAAGUACACUUAAAAUAAACCAUCCUGGACUUUAACGUCCCUGGGCAGAUUCAGUCGCAAAAUCCAUUAGACUUUUUUGUAAAGUUUUCAGAUUGGGUGUUCACAUUUUAGAGAAUGUGAGACUUCAUCCCACACAUACCAAUAUUAACGUGCAUUUGGACAAUAGCUUUAUUAAUGCCAUAAAGCUAUCGAAAGGAACAUGGCUUACCCUUGUUAUUUCACCAGUUCAGGUUGCAACGAAAGGUUUUUUCGUCCAUGACCACUUGGCAAAUCUUACUUAGCAAAAAAAAAGAAAGAUGUACAUUUUCCUAUAGAAUUAAUGUAUGAACAGUGUGUCACUGCUGUUGGAUGUAAAAAUGUAUAUGAAACCAUUUCAUUCACUUGAUUACA